CGGAAGUGUAGCAGUGUUCAGCAGACUGUCAGAUAGACAGUGUACAGUCAGCACGGAUAAUGCCAAAUGGCCGGUAACAUGGGUGGUGUGUGUCUUUAUUUACCCAAAGCUUCUGUAACGCUGGGAAACUGUGCAGCUGGAUAACACACCGCGUGCGGGUCAAAGUUCACAGCCGUUUACAUUUUAAUACUUCUAUUUGUGUGUUGGUUUUUUUUUUCUUCUUCUCUGGUGUCAUGUGCGAUUUAACAUGGUCGCUAUGGAGGCGUUCGUUGGAGGGGGUUAGUGUGCAGCAUUGCAAUGCCACGUCUACUUCAGUGUGACUGUGGUGUUCACUGCGCUCGUGCACAACAACAACAACAACAACAACAAUAAUAACAACACAUCCCGCGCGACUUCAUUUUGAACCCUAAAGUCAUCUGAGUCAACGGAAACAAUGGCAAAAAGUGGCCGGAGGACUCGAUCUGCACAGAUGAACGGUGGCGGUGGCGGUGGUGGUGUCUCCGUGUCCGGUUGUGCGCCGACGGGAGCGUUUCGCGCUCGUGCUUUCCGGUUAUGGCUGUGGCGCGCGCUGCCGCUGAUCCUGAUCCUGCUGAUGCUGAUCCUGAUCCUAGGCUCUUACUUGUGCAGCUACCCCGGCAUCACUGACAGCCCCAAACACAGCGCACAUCUGCUUAAGGACAAGUACUCCCACACGCCCAAGAAGUUACCUCUGGCCCAGGUACGCCAGCUUGCUGAUCAGGUGGAUGGUGCUCGGCUUUGGGAGACCCACCUGCGGCCCAUGCUGAUCGAGAGGGUGCCGGGUACAGCAGGCAGCAAAGCCGUUCUCCAGCACAUCGUCUCCCAGCUGCGCUCCCUCUCUGCAGGCUGGAUUGUAGAGGAGGACUCAUUCCAGUCAUCUACUCCCAAAGGACCCGUGACCUUCAGUAAUGUGCUUGCCGUGCUCAACCCCUCUGCGCCCCGCAGGCUCCUCCUUGCCUGCCACCACGACUCCAAAAUCUUACCUCGAGAUCCCAAAGACCCACAGCGAGUGUUUGUUGGGGCCAGUGACUCAGCCGUACCCUGUGCUAUACUGCUGGAGUUGGCAUCAGCACUGGACACACAGCUUAGAGCUCUGAAACAGCAGAGGUCUGCGGUGACGCUGCAGCUCGUCUUUUUCGACGGAGAGGAGGCGUUUGAGGAGUGGACCGAUACAGACUCUCUGUACGGCUCACGUCAUCUGGCUGAGCUCAUGGCCCACACAGCUCAUCCUCCAGGCUCUACACACACCACACAGCUGCAGGCAGUGGAUCUGUUUGUGCUGCUGGACUUACUCGGAGCUGCAGAGCCACUGAUUGUCAAUCAUUUCGAUAACACUGCACAUUGGUUUGAUCGUCUUAUCGCUGCAGAGAGGAGGCUGCACCGCCAAGGAUUACUGUCCUCUCAUCGUUCAGAACAAAACUACUUCAGGAAGGAUGUUUAUCUGGGACCAGUGCAGGAUGACCACGUACCGUUCUUGCUUCGAGGUGUACCGGUGCUGCAUUUGAUCUCUACACCAUUCCCUCCAUUCUGGCACACGCUGCAGGACACGGAGGAGAACAUGCACCGGCCCACGGUCGAGAACCUCACCAAGAUCCUAGCCAUCUUCCUGGCUGAAUACCUGCACCUCUGAGAUGACUCAGACUCUCGUCUUAAACACAAACACGUAUAGAGAGACAUUCUUUAUGUACAUAUCGGAAGAUAGCGAUGAUGCAUGACCUCUUGGUCACAUACAGAAACAGCGUUAGCUGUGGAAGUGUAGUACGAUUAUUUUAAGUUUUUUUUUUUUUUUUUUCUUCUAUCUGCUGAAACAAGAGCCAUAAACACACAUGCUUUGGCAGCUGUUUCAAUCAGUAUCCAUGUGAAGACUUUUGGUCCACAGACAUGCAGACUGCAUGACUUUUGACUUACUGCAUAAGUUUGAGCCAUUAAUUGCUAACCUGUUGCACGUGCAGUGCUGGUUAGAUUUGAAUGUAACUUAAUAAUAAAAAUGUUGUUAUUAAGCUUUUAGCAGGACCUGUGAGACUGAGAGGGACAUCAUAUUUCAAUUCCAGUGAAAUGGGAAUAUUUGGAGCAGGUUUUAAACUGACUCUCAGUACCAAACUCUACUUACUGAUAGACCAUUUGCUGUUGCCAGUGCCUAAUCUGGAACUGUUAUGCAUGUUUCCACUUCAAUUAGUUACAUUGGAAUUGAGGGGGGAACGAACUCCAAGGAACUGAAUGUGAGCUAGACUAAUGCUAAUGAAACUUUCUUUGAGCAGCUUCACACUUAUAAUAAAUAGCAAUAAAACAUCUAUGUCUUA